AUGUCUAUGAAAUGUGCUGUUUUUCCUGAAAAGGGAGGUGCAAUUAAAAUUACAACAGUUCCAAUUCCAGAACCAAAAGAUGGUGAAGUUAGAAUAAAAGUGAUGGCAUGUGGUGUUUGUCAUUCCGACUUACUCAUUCAGAAUGGAUAUUCAACAAGCUAUCCACGUAUUCCAGGUCAUGAAGUUGCAGGUAUUAUUGACAAAAUUGGAAAAGGUGUAGAUAAUUUCAAAGUCGGUGAUAAAGUUGGUGUUGGAUGGUUUGGUGGUUGUUGUCAUGAAGUUAAUGCAUGUGAUGAUGACGACUGGGUAUGUUGUGCCAAGGGAAAAGCAUGUGGAAGUAGCUACGAUGGUGGAUAUGCUGAGUAUUGUUGCGCUCCACACGAUGCACUCGCAAGAAUUCCAGAGGGAAUGUCAUUUGAGAAAGCCGGUCCGUUGCUCUGUGCCGGUAUAACCGUUUUCAACGGAAUAAGAAACCAGCAUGUCAAAGCUGGCUCGCUCGUUUGCAUUCAGGGAAUCGGUGGACUCGGUCAUCUGGCUAUUCAAUUCGCCAAGCGACUCGGUUACGAAGUGGUGGCGUUCUCUUCGGGUGCCGAUAAGGAGGCGUUGGCUAUCCAACUCGGUGCCAAGCACUACAUAGAUGGAUCGCAACCCGAUGCCAUCAAGCGUCUCACCAAGAUGGCACCGAUGAUGGUCGUAAUCACCGGACCCAGUAAGAAGGCAGUGGAGUCACUCAUCCCUACUAUUCACGUCGGUGGCAAACUCUUGUUGUUGGCGGCACUGCCAGAGCCGUUCUCUGUCGAUGGCACUGCACUACUCUCUAAAAAGGUAUCGAUUGUCGGUUGGCCAUCCGGUGACAGCAGAGACAGUCAAGACACCAUGAAAUUCUCUCUAAACAACGGUGUAGAAGCAAUGACUGAAACAUUCCCUCUAGAGAAAGCAGUUGAAGCUCUACAGAAAAUGGAAUCCGGAAAGGUUAGAUUCAGAGCAGUAUUAGUUAUGAAACAGUAG